AUGGCAGCUGAAACAGGCACAGUCGAGUGCCCAGGCCUAGUGAUUGCAGGUGAUAGAGGAAGGAUGUGGCGGCAGUAUUUGAAAUGCCCGUAUCUUGAAUGCAAAUCUCGCUUUGUGCAGAGAAUCGCGCGGUGCUAUGAUCGUGGAAUCCAGCAAGUUCAGCGUGAAAACACAUUCCAGGAGGAUAAGGAGUUUGAUAACUAUUGA